AUGGUGGAGCUCCUCAGGCAGAGAUUGCCUCAACUGAACGCCUUUGAUUACUCGACCUUGAUCUUGCGGACAUCUUGGCAAUGCGCCCGAGCUUUGCUACUGGACAUGGCCAUCCAACAUGUUCAGCCAGACAUUUAUUGUUUCAACGGGGCGUUUCCCACGUCCGACGCCUGGCUUCAAGCCACCGAGCUGCUUCAUCAACCGCACCGUCAAGGGCUACGCCUGGACGAGUUUUCCUUUGGGCUCAUGGUGCGAGCUUUUCCAGAUGAACACUGGGAAGCAGCACUGCAGAUGAUACGAGAAGCUCAUACCUCAGGUUUGCCCUUCGCCCCCUCUGCCGCUUCCAGCUUGGCGCUCCGUGCCUGCCGUGGUGCCCGCUGGCGCUUGGCGCUGAACUCGCCACGGUCCACACUGGAGGCGAACAUGGCAUUGCGCUGUGGAAAGGCCGAGUGGAGAAGAGCUUCGAGCAUGAUGUACCAAUUGCCAGGCAUGCGCAUUCACCAAGACCUCAUUGGCUUUAACACCCUUUUGGCUGACAGCCCAUGGCCUCGAGGCCAGAAGUACCUCUCCGAGCUCAAGGACCUGACCUUGCAGCCUGAUGAAGUCACCUUGGCGACGGCGGCCAGCUGUGGAGUUCCUUGGCACAUGGGACUUCACCUUUGUCGUUGGCCGACCACACUGCCCACCGCCCUUGUGAGCUCGUUGGAGCAUUGGAGCUGGGCUGUCGAGCUGUUUGUGGCAGCGAGAUCGGAGCAGCUGGAAGUGGAUGUUGCCUUUACCACUGCGCUGUCGACCACGUCAACCAACGGCCGUCAGUGGCCACUGUCCCUGCACUUGGGGGCCCACUCUUCGGAAGCGGAUCUUCUCCUUCUGAAUGCGCAACUGUCGGCGGCAUGGAUGGGACAACGCUGGCAGCACGCGCUUCGGCUCGUGGUGGCUGCCCUUGAGCAACGCAUGCCCAUCGAUGACUACGGCUGCAGCAGGGUCAUUCUGGCAUGCGAGGAGAACCAGAAGUGGCAUUGCAGCCUGAACUUGUUGGUGUCCAGUCAUGGGGUCUUCAGCUAUUCCUGGACCGACUUCAUGUCUUCCCGGCUGCGUGCGGGCCAUUGGUCCAGCGUUUUGCAGCUCGGGAGCUCGCUGUUUCCCAGCACGUUGACCGGCGAACUGGGCAUCGGUGAGCUAAGCCUUCUGGUGAAAAGCUGCCAGACCUGGCAAAAAGGCCUCCAGCUGUGGCAUGAGAGUCCCCAGGAGCUUCGGCAGAUCAGUGGCUGCAACGCAGCCAUGGCCCUGGUCGCGCAGCAGGACACCUCAGCUCCACACUGGCCUGUGGCUGUUGAACUCUUCACCCUCGCUCGAAGCGGCAGAUUGCAGCCUGAUGAGCUCAGCUUUUCUUCGAUGCCGAGGCGCUGGCCUGCCUCAGUCGAGACAACGCUGCGGGGCUUGCAUGUCGCACAGCAGCCGCUGGACGAGGUUUGCCUCGCAACGCUGCUACGCUGUGGCACAUGGCGGUUCUGUCUGCACACCUUUCUGUUGGGACAGCGUUUACGCGCUUCUCCAGAUGAGACUUGCUACAAUGCCUGCGCCGCAAGCUUGUGCACCUCCGAGCGCUGGCGCGAGACGGUGGAGUUGUGGCGGGGGAGAGGAGGCGUCAUGUCCAUCGUGAGUCUUGAUGCUGCUGCCUGUUGCGUCCUGCGUGCGGGUUGCCAUCGGCCUGUUCUCCACAUCUUGGAUCGCUUGAAUCUGCAGGCUGAGAGAGUGCUGAGUCCUGCAGCCCGGAGCCCUGCGGGCCCUGCGGGCCCGGCCCCGCACGACACGCUCACGUGGUCAACCGCCAAAGAGUCCAAGAACGCUUGA